AUGUCACUCAAAGGAAAAGUUUACGCGCUAACUGGCGGUGCAAGCGGAAUCGGCUUCGCAACAGCCAAAGUUCUUGCACAGCGCGGGGCUACUCUGAGCAUCGCUGACAUUGACCCCGAUGCCAUGUCAACUGCUACAGCAUACUUUAAUGAGCAAGGCAUCGAGGCAUUGGUUUCUCAUGUCGACGUCUCACAACGGUCUCAAGUCGAAGACUGGCUAGACGCUACUAUUAAGAAAUACGGGAGACUCGAUGGCGCAGCAAACGUGGCUGGUAUUAUUGGGAAGCAUCACGGUCUUCGUGCCGUAGCAGACCUGGAGGACGAAGAGUGGCAUAAGAUCAUCGCUGUGAAUUUGACAGGAACAAUGUAUUGUCUACGGGCACAGCUCAACCGGAUAGUAGACGGAGGCUCUAUCGUCAACGUCGCUUCUAUUCAUGGUAUCAAGGGCACGUUGCAAACUGCGCAUAGAUUUGCCAAGCACGGCGCCUAUGACACCAGCAAACAUGGAAUAGUUGGAUUGACAAGAGCGGCAGCAAAGGAGAACGGCCACCGAGAAGUGCGAGUCAACGCUGUUGCUCCUGGCGCUAUAUAUACCCCAUUGAUGAAGAAGGCAUGGGAUAUGCACAACCGACCGGACGACGCCGCUUUCGACGAGCCGACUGCCUUCCAGCGCCAAGCUUUUCUCCUCGGCCCCGAGAGUACCUUUAUUCUUGUAAAGGUCUACGAACCAGGCGUUCUCAGCAUCAGCUGCAACUUCCAGCUGAUCAGUCAAGAUCUUGGCAAUGCCGGAUCUCCUCGCUUCUGGGGCAACAGUGAGCGCCGUUAUAUGAGCGUGCCAUGGAGAAACCCCACUAUAUCCAACUAUGUUUCCAUCCAUAUCCUCACAAACUUGAAAGAGGGACGGCCAUUUUGCAUGGUAUUGGAGGUAGAAAUUGAGCUCAGGAAUAGCUAUAUGAAGCUGGAACUUGGUCGUCUUUAG